AUGUUUAAUAAUUCACCUUAGAGAUUAGAUAAUACAAUAGAUAUUGAUUCUUAACUUAGGCUCUUUGACAAAAGACAGGAAUUCAUAUUAAAAAAAGAAGAAAGUAAUGAUAAAUAAAAUUAAUCAUAAAAACUUGAAAAGUUUUAAAUGAAUUCAUGGAUAUAGAAAAGUGAUUAAACUUUAUUUUAACCUAGUAUUUUUUUAUAGCAUGAUAGAAAGAUUGAAACAUUUAAAAGUAAUUAAGCAAUAAGAGAUAUAGGUUAAAUAUAAUUUCAAAAUACCUCUAUAAUAUAUAAAGAGGAAAAUGAAUAAAAAGAGUCUGAACAAACCUCCUAUUAAGUGGAUAAGGAGAGUUAAAUUGGUAAAGAUUCUUUAAUUUUAUGCAAAAUGAAUGCUAUUAAAAAUAGAAUAACUAGAGAAAAUGAUAUUUUAAAAGGCAAAUAUAAAGCAUCCUCUUUUAGCAGUUUAAAUAACAGUAUGAUAAAAAAUAACUUUUAGGAUUCCCAAUAGAAUAGCAAAAUUAUUAAAGCUGAAGGAGAAGUUGAAACUGAACUAAAUAAAACCUAUUUACAACAUUAAGUAAGUACACCAAAUUAAAAAUCAAGAAAUAUUAGGUAAAAUUUAUAGUUAUUAGAGAAUGAAGAUUUCAGUAUUAUUAAAUGCAACUUUUUGGAUUCUUAAUUGAACAGUAAGAUUGUUAAAGCCUAAGGAGACGUUGAAACUGAACUAUGUGAGAGUUGUUUACAAAAUUAACCAAAUUCAACAUUAUAAAAAAAUAGCUAAUUUAGGUAAAAUUUAAAGCUAUAAGAAAACGAAGAUUUAGAAGCACAUUAAAGCUAUAUUAGUAAAUAAAUAAAUCACAUUGAAGAGUUAAACAAAAUAGACAAAGAUGAAAAAUUAUAAUAGGCAGAACUUUAUAAUUUCUUAAAUAAAUUCUAGAAUAAUUUCAAUUCAAUAUCAUAUAUUGAUAAAAAUAUAUUUAACUCUUUAAUUGUAAAUAAACAAAAUUCCAAUGUAUUUUGA